AAACAUUAUGCCAGAAAUUCUGUCGAUUGAGCUCGGAACUCGGAAUAUUCCUUUAAUACAACUUAGGGUUGCCACCCGUCCCAUAUUUAAAGAUACAAUUAUGCGUCAAUACCGCUGGUCAGAUGGCGUCAUGAUGAAAUCGUUCCAGAUCGCCAAUUUAGCAUUGAUGCUAUAAACUAUUGAUGCAAGAUCGGUUGUGACGUCAGCCCACGAGCCGAGUCGGUCCUCGCGAUCAGAGCUGAACGCAGUGAAUUUGAGCACUGGAUUUUGAUUCAUUCCCGUUUAAAAGCCGACUAUAGCUAUAGUAAAUAUUUUACGAAGAACUGACGAUCUGCUGUCCUACAUACGUUUCUCAUUUCACGAAAGUGAAGGUGGUUGUGUGGUGUGAGGAGUGUGUACGUGUGAGUAAUGGCGGAACAGCAGAGACAGCGUUCACUCUCCACAUCAGGAGAAUCACUAUACCAGGUUCUGGGAGUCGAUAAAAACACAACACCAGAAGACAUCAAAAAAUCCUACAGAAAACUAGCUCUGAAGUUCCACCCAGACAAGAAUCCCGACAACCCAGAAGCGGCUGACAAGUUUAAAGAAAUCAACAAUGCUCAUGCCAUUCUGUCAGACCCCACCAAACGCAAUAUCUAUGAUAAAUAUGGUUCUCUCGGCCUCUAUGUGGCAGAACAGUUUGGAGAGGAGAAUGUCAAUACAUACUUUGUAUUGUCCAGUUGGUGGGCCAAGGCAUUGUUUAUAUUCUGUGGUGUGGCGACAGGUUGUUACUUCUGCUGUUGUCUGUGCUGCUGUUGUAACUGCUGCUGUGGGAAGUGUAAACCUCAUCCUCCUCAUACAGAGGAACCGGAAUUCUAUGUGUCUCCUGAAGACUUGGAAGCUCAGAUGCAGUCUGAUGAGAGAGAUGGCAGCAACCCCAUCGUAAUGCAGCCCUCAUCUGCUUCAGAGACCACUCAGCUGACCGCAGACUCUCACCACACCAGCUACCGGACGGACGCCAGCUAUUAAAACUCCUCUGCAUAACCUACCUCUCCCUCUUUCUCUUUCUCACACAUGGGACCACCAUUCCAGAUGAGGGCGCUGUGGUGAAACAGUGUUAAGAGAGAAUUAGAGAAAAGAGGAUGAUGGGUUACAUCAGUUGAGCAGAUCUUCUGCUGUAUAUUUGAAAAACCUAAGACACGCUCCACUGUACAGGGGAAGAAGCAAGUAAAUUUUUUAUUUGCUCUUUACCUCUUUCAUCCCCUAAACUACUGCUGUAUUCAACACACACACACACACACACACACACACACACACACACACACACACACAAAGACUUGCAGUGUCAGUACAGUCUUCCUAUAAAUGUUGUGCAUCUUUAGCAUCACGUUAACAUGAGCUCUGCUUGAAUUACAAUUGUCUACAUGAUCAAUGAAGGGGAUUUUGAUUCUUUUGAAUUGUUAAAGGGAUAGUUAAAAAAUAAACAUACAUUUUCUCAUCUACUCACCCUCAUGCUGUCCCAGAUGUGUACGAAUUUUUUUCUUCUGCAGAACACAAACUAAUAUUUUUUGAAAAAUAUCUGUAGGUCCAUACAAUGAACAAUUAAUAGUCUAAAUAAAAGUUCAAAAAGCACAUAAAGGCAGCAAAAGUCAUCCAGAUGACUCCAUUGGUUUAAUCUAUGUCUUCUGAAGCGAUGCAAUCCCUUUGGGUGAGAAACAAUCAAUAUUUAAAUCCUUUUUUUACUAUAAAUCUCUACUUUCACUUUCAGAGUGUGAAAGUGGAGAUUUAUAGUAAAAAAAGGACAUGUGUCCUUUCACCCACACAUAUUUUAUGACUUCAGAAGACAUGGAUUAAACCACUGGUGUCAUAUGGAAUCAUUUUAUAUUGCCUUAAUGUGCUUUUUGGAGCUUCAAAAUUCUAGCCACCAUUCACUUGCAUUGAUGGUUUUCAUUUUUGGGUGAAUAAGUUAUUAAAUGUAAUCAAAACGCUAAUCGCAUCCCCUAGUUCAAACACUUUCAUUUCCAAACAGUUUAAAGUGAUCUAAUCAAUUACUUUUUCUUAAAAUCAAGAGCAGGAAAUCAGACACUAUUUUUCAUAUGCUUCAAGGCAUUCUGUUUUCAAAAUGGUUAAAGAUAAUCUGAAAAUGGCAUAACACUAGAAACAACUCUAUUAUAGUAAGGGAUAGCACACCUGCCAUCUGUUGUUUACCUUUCCAUGGUUUUGAUUGGAUCUCUCAAGCACAAACCUCCCAAACUCAUCAUAAACAUCAUGGUUGUCCUAACUUGUUUUCAUUCUGCUGUUUUAACAUUCUUCUUUAAGUCUGAAGUGUGUUUGUGUUUCACAGAGAUGUUCUCCACAGACCUGCACCUGUUGAGUUUGUUUCCACAAUAAUAAUAAUAUACCAUAUAUUUUAGGUACUUCAUUAAUGACAUCAUAGCCCUAAGAAUAUCAGGUUUAGCUUAUUGUUACUACAUCAAUAGAAUUAGAUUCCAAUAUUUUCAUACAUAAUAUUUUUAUAAAUAGUAAGUCAAUGUAGUAUAACCUGAAGAUACUAUGUUCUCUUAUUGAUGUUGUGUAUGUUUAUGUGUGAUGUCUCGUAUAUGAGAGCAUGUACAGUUAAGCAUAAUCAUGAAAUGUUUAGAUGUACUUAAUUUCAGCCACAUGGCUUACUGGUGGCGUGUGUGUGCAGGGAAUGUGGUGUUGUAAUAAAUGGAACAGAGGGUUUGGCAAAAAUGUGGCAGAUUAUUUAUCAAACUCUUGAAACUGCUUUUGUAUUGUCCCUAUACUUUCAAGGCUUUGCCAAGUUAAAAAGAUUUUUGUGUCUGAUGCCCAUCGUCGGACAGUGUGGUUCAAUAUGAGCAUGUGAGGAUUGGAGUUAGAGGGAUACAUUUGCUCUUGUGGAAUGUGUAGUCAUGUUAACAUGUUCUGCCAUUUAAGCCAAAAAAACAGGACCCUAUCCAGCUUGCACAUUGAGUUAAGUCAUCUACCAAUAAUGGGUUGUCAAUGGUUGCUUCUUAAAUUGUCAUGUUUGGUCCCUUAAAUUCUGAAAAUUCAAUAAUAUUUGGAUCCUAUAACUUCAGAGUGACCUAUAGGUUUUUUUUUAAUUAAGUGAUUUUGUUUAAAUAAAGGCUUUUUUUAUUUUUAUGAAUACAUUUUUGAAAUGUGACUUUAAACCUGUAAGACAUGGUUUUACACUUGGACAUAUCCUUCCUCAGUUUACUGUUGUAUGUCUGUUUGGCUUUAAUUAUACCCAUAAUUUGAUCUGAUUCCCUAGUGCCAUGGUCUAAUUAAAUCAGGUGAACAUGAUAUUUUAUCCUCAGUAGUUGACACACUUUAACAGUAUUAUUUCUGUUGUUGAUGCCAGAGAAUACUGUAUAAGCCUGACUCUAUUAUCUGUAUCCCUCUGUUUCUGAUCGCCCCUCUAAUCAUAUUUUUCAUGCUCAUUGCUAUUGUCAUCUCAUAUACACACUAACAACAUCCUUUUUGUCAUUGUCCCCUUCUCAUGUGGAUACUUGCAUCCUAGCAUUUUAUUUUUGAUAGUAGUGGACAUGAGCAUACAGAUGGCUUCAAAAUAGGAAACUUUCAUGUCUGUUGUUGAAACAAAUUAUAAUUUUAUACUUGGCCUCAUAAUAUUCGUAGAGCUUAAACUUGUCUGUGUGGAUGAGUGUUUGCUUUUUGGGUGUGUAAUAAAGGAAAAGCAAGCUUUGGUUUUUAUCAGUGUAUCAGCAUCUAUGUUCUGUUCAAGUUUGUCAUUUCUUUACAUUGCAUUAGAUAUGUAUAUACUGUAUGUUUCACUGUCAGUGCAUGUGAUUAUUUUUAUGCAUCUUCGCAUACAUACGUGUACAUGCACUUGAAGGGGAAUGUGCAGAGAACUAUUUUGUGUAACCAACCCCAAAUUGUGUUUGUUUUAUUUGUUUAGGUUCACAUUGUGUAUAUGUGGAAUAUUACUUAUAGGUGUCUAGAUGUAUCUUAGAUUUUAAUUUAAUUUAUGUUUUAACCAUUAAUCAGAUUAUUAGCGAUCAUUUUUUUUUAAACUUCACUGAAUGGGAGAAAUCUCUUAACGACACAAAUGCUCACAAUGUAUAUUGCUUUUUAUCUUCAGGAUAUUAUUAUUUUAGACAAACUUCACUGCAACACAGCUGUCUUUGGGUUAAAUGAUUCCAGUUCUCCUUCAACCUACUAACUUUUGUGUCAUUCACUUGUUUGUUGUCAUUCAUGAUCAUCAAUGAUGACUCAUUAGUCAGACUUCCUUUUGCUUACAAGAAUAUCAGAAGUAAAUGAGCAUUGCAUGAAGAGAAUCAUGCCAGAUCUGCAAAUGUUCUCUUAUAAAUUAAGGAAAUAGUGUAAACAUGGUGAUGAGAAACUAUUUUAUUUGUUAUUUUCCUAUGUUUUUAAUAAAUGACAUAGUUCUAAACACGUGUAAGUGAAUAUGACUGUUGUACAGAAUGGCUGAAUUCUUUGGCCCAUUCUGGAUAAAUCAGUUGAAGUUGUUGUAGCAUGAAUAUACUGUGUCAGACAAUAAAUGUUAAGGAA